GCACAGCAGCCCAUCCCUGUCGAUGAUCUCGGCGGCCCGCGGCCUCAGCCCCACUGACGCCCCCCACGCAGGUGUCAGUCCUGCGGAGUAUUACCACCAUCAGAUGGCCCUGUUGGCGGGCCAGCGCAGCCCGUACGCGGACAUCAUUCCUUCUGCAGCGGCGACCGGAGCUGGGGCCAUCCACAUGGAAUACCUUCACGCCAUGGACAGCACCAGAUUUCCCAGCCCCAGACUGUCGGCCAGACCAAGCCGGAAGCGGACGCUGUCCAUCUCCCCGCUGUCGGACCACAGCUUUGACCUUCAGACCAUGAUAAGGACGUCGCCCAACUCCCUGGUCACCAUCCUGAACAAUUCCCGCAGCAGCUCGUCGGCCAGCGGCUCCUACGGUCACCUGUCGGCGAGUGCCAUAAGCCCCGCCGCGCUGAGCUUCACGUACCCGCCCACCCCAGUCUCUUUCCAGCACAUGCAUCAGCAGAUUCUAAGUCGCCAACAGAGCCUGGGCUCAGCCUUCGGACACAGCCCUCCGCUCAUCCACCCCGCCCCCACCUUUCCGACCCAGAGACCCAUUCCCGGCAUCCCCAGCGUCCUGAACCCCGUUCAAGUGAGCUCUGGGCUGUCCGAGGCCACACAGCAACACAAACCGACGAGCGAAUCUGCAGUGAGCAGCACGGGAGAUCCCAUGCACAACAAGCGAUCCAAGAUCAAAGCUGAUGAAGACCUGCCCAGCCCGGGGGCAGGAAGUCUGCAGGAACAGCCGGAAGGAAUGACCCUGGUCAAGGAGGAAGGAGACAAAGACGAGAGCAAGCACGAGCCCGAAGUGGUCUACGAGACGAAUUGUCACUGGGAGGGCUGUGCGCGGGAGUUUGACACCCAGGAGCAGCUCGUGCAUCACAUCAAUAACGAUCACAUCCAUGGGGAGAAGAAGGAGUUUGUGUGCCGAUGGCUAGAUUGCUCGAGAGAACAGAAACCCUUCAAAGCCCAGUAUAUGCUGGUGGUCCAUAUGAGACGCCAUACGGGAGAGAAACCACAUAAAUGCACUUUUGAAGGUUGUACCAAGGCCUACUCCAGGCUAGAAAACUUGAAAACCCACUUGCGAUCUCACACUGGAGAGAAACCGUACGUCUGCGAGCACGAAGGCUGCAACAAGGCGUUCUCCAACGCUUCGGACCGAGCCAAGCAUCAAAACAGGACCCAUUCCAACGAGAAACCAUACGUGUGCAAGAUCCCUGGCUGCACCAAACGGUACACAGACCCCAGCUCCCUCCGCAAACACGUGAAGACCGUGCAUGGCCCUGAGGCGCAUGUCACAAAGAAGCAACGUGGGGACCUCCAUCCCCGGCCUCCACCCCCUCGGGAGCCCGGCAGCCAUGCCCCGUCGCGUUCUCCUGGCCAGCAGACUCAGGGGACCCUGAGCGAGCAGAAGGACCUCAACAACUCUACCUCAAAGCGGGACGAAUGCCUGCAAGUGAAAACAGUCAAGUCCGAGAAGCCAAUGACAUCUCAGCCAAGCCCUGGUGGUCAGUCUUCAUGCAGCAGCCAGCAGUCCCCCAGCAGCCCCUAUUCCAACAGUGGGAUCGAGCUUCAUCUGACCAACGGAGGCAGCGUAGGAGACCUCAGCGCCAUUGACGAAACCCCCAUCAUGGACUCUACCAUUUCCACGGCAACCACCGCUCUUGCCUUGCAAGCUCGGAGGAACACGACAGGGACCAAAUGGAUGGAGCAAGUAAAAGCGGAAAGAUUUAAACAAGUGAAUGGAAUGCUUCCACGACUGAACCCCAUCCCACCUCCAAAAGCCCCUGUGCUAGCUCCUCUCAUAGGAAACGGAAUACAGUCCAAUCCGAGCUGCAGCGUGAAUGGGCCCAUGACGAUCCUUCCCAGCAGGAACGACCUCUCCAGCAUGGACGUGACGGUGCUGAACGUGCUCAACCGCAGGGACAGCAACACCAGCACCAUCAGCUCGGCCUACCUGAGCAGCCGCAGGUCCUCGGGCAUCUCGCCCUGCUUCUCCAGCCGCAGGUCCAGCGAGGCUUCCCAAGCCGAGGGCCGGCCCCAGAACGUGAGCGUGGCCGACUCCUACGACCCCAUCUCCACGGAUGCCUCCCGCCGCUCCAGCGAGGCCAGCCAGGCUGACGGGCUGCCCAGCCUCCUCAGCCUCACCCCUGCCCAGCAGUACCGGCUGAAGGCCAAGUACGCAGCAGCGACCGGGGGGCCCCCACCCACCCCAUUACCCAACAUGGAAAGGAUGAGCCUGAAGACCAGGAUGGCGCUGAUGGGGGACUGCAGGGAGUCCGGCCUCUCCCCAUUCCCCCCUGUCAACCCUCCCCGGAGAUGCAGCGACGGCGGAUCCAACAGCUACGGGCGGAGGACCCUUUUGCCUCACGACGUGCUGGGGAAUGGGAUGCGAAGGGCCAGCGACCCCGUGCGCAUGGUCUCAGAGAACCUCUCUGUGCCUCGAGUUCAGCGUGUCAACAGUCUAAAUAGCUUUAACCCUCCUGUUUUGCCUCCAUCCGUGGAAAAACACAACUUCGUGCUCCAGAAUUACACUCGCCCCGAGGGCGGCCUGUUCCGUAACUUCUACUCCUCUCCUUGUCCUCCGAGCAUCAGCGAGAACGUCACCCUGGAGUCCUUGACCAUGGAACCCGACGCCAGCCUGAACGACGAGGACUUCCUGCCCGACGACGUGGUGCAGUACCUGAACUCGCAGGGCCAGAGCGGCUACGAGCAGCAUUUCCCAAGCAGCCUUCCCGAGAGCAGCAAAGCGCCCCACGGGACGCCCGUGGCCAGCGGCCACCUCGGGCUCGACCAGCCCCACGUGCCGAGCGGCCACGUCAUCUCUCAGUAUCACGCCGCAGAGCCGGCCAGCUCGGAAGCCAGCAAGAGCGACCUCCCCAUUCAGUGGAACGAAGUGAGCUCGGGGAGUGCCGACCUGUCCCCAUCCAAACUGAAGUGUGGCCAGCGCCCGUCCGCCCUGCAGGCUCGAGCCUUCGGCUUGUAUAAUAAUGUGGUCGUCCAGCAACCGAAUCCUCUGAGGAAUGGCGUAGCCCAGACCAACGGCUACCAGCAGCUGGUGGAAAAUAGCUCCUGCGGCCUGCAGGACAACCUGCUUCCCAACAGCAGUGGAAGCAGCAACGGCGCCAGCGGAACUUCCUUCCACCUGCAGUCGGCCAAGGCUCAGCAGUACGGGGACGGCCUCAACAGGCAGGCGGCGAUCGGCGGGGCGCUAGAGGUUUCCUGCGGUUCCUUGAUUCCGGGACAGAAGCUGAGGAGCGGCGCUAUGCCGUUGAGUGGAAGCCAGCCCAACUACGGCAUGUCCGUGGCCCCAAGCGAGCUUCCCAGCGGCAUGGCAAAUGGCACCCCGAGCCAGGGGGCCCUCCAGAACCAGCCCCUGGCUGAAGGGACUCACUUCCCAGCGGUCGCUCGCUCCAGUCAGAUGAUGUUAGGGCAGGUCAGUCCUACCUCACAAAGCAACGUCUACCAAGGGCCAGAGGGCUGCCUGCCGGUGCCCCACGGCAUCGGGAAUCAGCAGGCGAAUCUGGCCACGGCAAAGACUUACCAAGCCUACGCCAGCUACGGGGGCGGCAGGCGGCAGAUCGUGCUGAGGAAUAGCCUGGCCCAGCAGCAAGGACACGUCAGUGACGCCAGUCAGACCUGCAGGGUCAAUGGCAUUAAGAUGGAGACCCAAGGUCAGUCCCAACAGCUCUGCUCUAACGUGCCACAUUACUCUGGUCAGUUGUAUGACCAAACCCUGGGCUUUAGUCAGCAAGACCUGAAAUCAGGUUCCUUCUCCAUUUCAGAAGCUAACUGCUUGCUUCAGGGGACUGGCCCUGAAAACUCUGAGCUGCUCUCCCCGGGCGCUAACCAGGUGACCAGCACCGUCGAUAACCUUGACAGCAACAGCCUGGAAGGGGUUCAGAUUGAUUUUGAUGCGAUCAUAGAUGAUGGGGACCACGCCAGCUUAAUUUCAGGAGCCCUGAGUCCGAGCAUCAUUCAGAAUCUUUCCCACAAUUCCUCUCGCCUCACCACUCCAAGAGCAUCUAUGACAUUCCCCGCCUUGCCUGUUAACACCACCAACAUGGCGAUUGGGGACAUGAGCUCUUUGCUGACCUCCCUUGCAGAAGAAAGCAAGUUUCUAGCAGUUAUGCAAUAGAAGUUGGGAAAAUUACGAUAAAAGAAAAAAAAAUAGAAACAACUUUAGGAAUUUUCAAAGGUGAAAUGGAUUCUUUUUAGUUGUGUAUGUAUUUUUGUAAUCUCAUCUCACCUGAAUGGGAUGUGUUUCAAGUAUAUU